AUGGAGACGCACCUCGGCUGGAAAGACGCUUCACUGUAUGCCGACCGUUCGCCAUCACGAAAAGCCGAUGAGCGUGUGAACAGAAGCGGGUCCCGUGCUCCAGGUGCUGGUCCUAGAACCAUAGAUAUUUCAUCUCCAAAAGGGGAACUUGGUAUUGCCUCCCGGUCUGCAUCCGCCUUUGGGCGCCGUAGCGGCACCUCCUCCCCCUUGGAAAGAGUGAUCGACGGCGCUGAUGUAAUCGGGGGCCUCUCAUGCACUCGAGACUUGCACCGCGGUUUAAUGGAGCAGAAGCUUCAGAACAUACAACAUGAGGCAGAUGUCAUGCAAGAGGAGCUGAAGGAGACGAACUCACGCCUCUCACGCGUGACAAAGCAGCUAAAUGAACAAAAGGUAGAGUUUAGUUCUUUGACUCAGCGGUACGGGGAAACAGUUGAAAAACUAACUGCAACAGAGGGUAGUGUAAAACGGCUGGAGGAGCACCUUGUGCACGAACGUCAGCAGCAUGCCAAUGUGCGUGGGGAGUGUGACCGUCUGAAAACAAUGCUCCAAGAGACACAAUGGGAAGUUGAGAGGGCUCGUCGUGAGCUGCAGCAAGAACGCGAGCGGCCCACUGUGGACCAGAGCGAGGUUCAACGUUUGCUCAAUGACCGUACGCGGUACAUUCCAACUGGGGAGGUGCAACAACGUAUAGAUGAGAUACGCGACACGCACAAAGCCUUUGCAGGCAGACUAACGGACUCCUUUAGUGUGUUACUUCGUGCACAGGAAGAAGACGAGGCUUCGGCUAUUGCCACUCGAAACUCUGUGCUUUCGCUCGUUGCGGAGUUUGAAUCGAAGUUGAAUGGCGUGGAGGAUGUACUAACAUCUCUUCAAGAGCAGAUGCUUGCGUUCAGCGAGGUGUCGGAGCAAGAAACAAUGGAAAUGAUUAAUACCCUUAUUGUUGAAAACAAGGAGUUGUGGAAACAUCUCUCGAAGUUGAAAGGUGAGAAUGAAACCCUUUCUACAAAGUUGGAAGCUGAGCGGCGGAGAGGUGAUGUGGUCCCGCGGGAUCAACAUGAGUGCACGCAGAAAAAACUUGCCUUAACCACCGACAAACUGACAGACGCCUUAGAAGCUAUCGAAACACAAACUAGGCAAAGGAAGGCACAUGAAGCACAGAUCAAUGAACUGAAAGCCACCAAUAGAUCUCUGAAAGAUCAAAUAAAGCGCUUAACCGGAGAUAUUUCGGCAGCGCAGGCGGAAGCGGGACAGUGCAAAGACCAGCUGAGGGAAAAUAAAAUUACAGUAAAGGAGUCGACACGGCGCGCAGACGAGUUGUGGGAGCUUCUAAGUGUAGAAAGGCGCCAGUCAGGCGAGAAGAUAGCACAGAUGACGGAGGAUUGCAAGAAGCUAAGGAGAGAUUGUGAGAACCUCUCUGAACGGCUAGCUAAGGAACAGGAAAAGGCACGAAAAGAGUGUCAACGGUUGAAGGAUGAGCUGCAUAAAGCGGAAGAAAGUGCCAAAACACUUCAACGAGAGCUAAACAACCGCGACCUCUCCUUUGAGAACUACAAACAGCAGUCGGAAGGCCAGCAGCAAGAAAUGGCGCGGUCAAUGAAGGAGGACCUGGCAAAAACAAAGAAACGGCUUGAACACGAACUAGAUGUCACUCAGCGUAGGUUACAAAAGCAACUCGAUGCAGUCGGGGAGUUAGAACGAGAACGCGACAAGGAGCGAUCGGAGCGUCGGGCAGUGGAGGCAACUGUGGCGAAAUUAGAGGCGGAAUUGGCUGGUUUGCGUACGGAGAACCAACAGCAACAAUAUCGUUUACAGCAACUUACAGAACGUACACAGAGAAUGGACUUAGAGGCAGAUCAUCUCCGGCAGAAGCGUGAUUCUGCCGAGAAUGAGGUAAGGCAGCUUCAACUUGAGUUGAAUCGUCUGCAAGACCAAAAGUGUGAGGUGGAACAGCAGCUCGCUAAGGAGCGGGAGACGCACACACAUGAUUCACAAAAGUACAAGGAAGAUGUACAGAAGAUAGACAAAAAUAGUAACACGCUGCAAGAGAAACUCCAUAAAGCCCGACUUCGCAUAACCGAACUCGAGCAACAGCAGCAGAAAUCCUUAAAAGAAGCCGAUGAUGAGAAGAAGUUGGAAGAGAAGAAUCUGCAGCUCCAAACCCAAAACCGCGAAGUUAAACUAGAGAAUGAGUCGCUUCGUGAAGAAAUAAAGCGAAUCAAUAAAAAGAUGAAAAGUGUAGAGCAUCUUUCUAAGCAGUUGGAGGAUGCGCGGGAGCGAUUACUUGUGCUACCUGCGUUGAGAGAAGCUGCUGAGGAAGCCAGGCGCGAUGUUGAGCGGGCAGUAGAAGAAACUGAGGCACUACGACAGGAACGCGACACGAUGGCAGAAAAGUUGGAUAGCUUCCUCGACAUUAGGAGGCGGGCCCCAAAGACGGAUGUAGAGUGGACGCAUCUUCUGCACAACGUCAAGGAGCAGGUCCAACAGCUCGAUGGGAAACCCUCAAUGCCAAGAUCAUGGAAACAACAGGAGGGCAUUCCGCUAAGUAUCACCACUCGACCCGGUGGCUACAGUGAAAUGUACCGUAACAAUCAGCGUUCUCUUAGUGGUGGCCGCAAACAACAGCAAUGCUCAGCGACCCAGGGCUGUUGUCAGUUAGUUGAAAGUCCAACCCAAUCAAAUGGGGCCACAAUGCCUCGACCAUGGCGCUAA